UUUCCAUGACAAAGAAAUAUAAUACAUUUGCAUAUUGAAUCUACUCUUCCUUUCGGAUUUCAGGAUUCUAUACGAGUGCAAUUUCAGGGAGACUCAGAAUUCUUGCAAAAAGAUGUCGUUAACUGCCAGUACCACCAUGAGUGUAACUACUUUGCCAAUAGUGAGAGCAGGGGAUCAAUGCCGGAAGCAAUUCAAGCCAAUAGUAUCAGUUCCAGCUUGCCUCCAACGGGUUGGAAUGCAGUUACAACUCAAUAACAAUAGAAGAAGCUUGAGAUGCCCUGUUCAAGAAAGGCGUGCUUCAAUAAUAUGUGCUGCUGCUCUGAAUGCAAGAUGUGCUGAAGGCCAGACACAGACAGUUACACGAGAAUCAUCAACCAUUACAGUUGCACCAGUUCAAGGAAAGGAGAAAUCCCCUGACCUGGAUGAUGGUGGGACUGGAUUUCCCCCUCGUGAUGAUGAUGGAGGCGGAGGUGGAGGUGGGGGUGGUGGAGGCCAUUGGAAAGGUGGGCUCUUCUUUUUCGGGUUUCUUGCUUUCCUAGGCUUGUUGAAGGACCAGGAAGAGGAAGGACCCUACCGGGACCAACGGAGAAGAUGAAGAAAACAAACCAGAAUUACUGAUACUUAGAAAUCAAAACAAAAUUGGAAGUCCAGGAUUUGUAACUGAUCUACCAUCGUUAAUCUCCAGUCAUGGCUUCGAGCAACCUCUAGUAGGACGAUAAUCUUCAAUUGGUUAUGUAUUUGAGUGUUGCAUUACUUAUAGCUCAUUAUAUAUCACAAGAAAAUAGUGUUGUGAACUUAGAAAUAGUCAUUCUUUUUUCAUAUAUCCCAGUUAGACAGGGUUGAAAUCUCACCUCUUCCCAUCUCUUUUAUGUAGAAAUAACGUUCAUCGACCAUUUUUCGAUCCCAUCUUUGAAACUAUUAAAUGUCACGGAAUUCCAAUUUCUACAA